GGUUUACUGCAUCCAACAAUGGUAUGUCGAUUUGCAGCCCGUAAAUGAAAUGCUGUAACAUGAACUUUACUUACUGUAUCAUCCCUGUUUUAUGCUUCACUUUCUAACUUCUUACUUGAACAAUGUGCUCACCAUUGUUUCUCAGAUAUUGAUGAGUGCCAGAUGCCAGCCAGUAUGGUUAGCUGCCUUUUUGGAUGUAUAAAUACUGUGGGAAGUUUUAAGUGUCACUGUCCAGAAGGAUACCAGCUGGGUGCCAGUGGAAGACAUUGUACAGAUAUCGAUGAAUGUGCAGAGAACAAUGGGAAAGGAUUAUGUGCCAUGGACUGUGAGAACACUCCUGGCUCUUACCGCUGCUUUUGCUUUUAUGGGCACAGGCUGGCAGAAGAUGGGCGAUCCUGUAUUGCGGAGUGCCCACCUGGUUACAGAAUGCAAAUAAACAGCACAGGCUUGAGACAGCCCCCCAGGCAGCAUUGUGUUGAUAUAAACGAAUGCCUGGAUUUUCCCACAGAGCAACCAAGGUGUGAAUGGAGAUGCUUAAACUUGCCAGGAUCUUAUCAUUGCAUUUGCCCUCGAGGAUACACUCUUGGUCCAGAGGGAUAUCAUUGCCAUGAUAUCAAUGAAUGUAUCUAUCAAAAUGGUGGCUGCACCCAUAUUUGUUCCAACAACAAUGGAGGCUACAGAUGUUCUUGUCCAGCGGGGUUCCGUCUGAGCCCUUAUAGCAGAAAAAAAUGUCAAACUAUACAAACAUAAAAUAUUGCCAGAUAAGAAAGGAGGAAGGGACACUCUCAGAACAGAUCCUUGCUGCAUCUCCGAUCACAAGUCCACAGCGCAUCCUCAAAAUUUGCUCAUAAAUGUGUUUGUAUACAGUAUUGUGGACUGGUAGUUUCAGUGUUCAGUGAUGCAUCUUGAUGCCAUGAAAAGAAGGAAGAAACCGUGGACUGUGUGUGAAGUUGUUUGUGGCUCAUCCCAUUUUAAAAAAUGGAAAAAAUCAAAUUCCACAGUGUGUAUGACUCAGUCAGUGAUGGCGCAGCUUUGAAUAGUAUGUGUGCUUCGGCCGGAAUCAUCUUAUAAAUCAAAAUGCAGUUCAACAGAAUUUGUUGCUGCAAGUGCAAUUGUUUAUUCUAUUGAUCUGAAAAGUUUAUUUUGCAUUUUAAUUGGAAAAUAUAUGAUUAUUAAGGCCCCGAAAAUUACUUUUCAUCACACUUGCAGAUGCAUUAAAAUAUUAUGGUAGACUGGUCAUUGUAUAAAAAAUGUUUGAAGAAAUUAAAUGAUGACUAUCAUGUAGAAAUGAAAAGAG